AAACAGCUGUUCCGGUUAUUUGUUGGUUUGCUAAUUAUGCACACAAAGAGAGCGCGGGGUAAAAACUUUUCCGAUUCAGAGGAACAUAUUCUGCUGGAUCUGUUAAAACAGCACAAUGCCGUUCUGCAGAUCAAGAAAAGCGAUGCCGUCACUUGGCAAAAGAAAAAAGAGACGUGGGAAUACAUUGCUGUGGAGUUUGCGGACCGAACGGGUGUCAGCCGGCCCUGGACAGCUCUCCGGGACAAAUACGACAAUAUGAAACGGAAAUCUCGGAAUGAUAUUGAGCCCGAAAGAAGAAAAACCAUCGGCGGCACUCCUUCCUUCUCCGGAUCGUCGUUGUCGGAAAAAGUGGGCGACCUCACUGGAAUAACCGGAGGAGCUGGGCUGGAAAACCAGUUUGACAGUGAUGGGAAUUACCAAUUAGUCAAUAAAGCCGAGGAAGGAUCAGAGGAAGCCAGCAGCACGCGCUUAUCUCAGAGUCCUCAUCAGUCACAAAUCCAGGGUACCACGGAACCAAAGAUCGAAGCUCCAGAGAACGAGAGCCCGGAGGAGUUUCCAAUAUGGUCACCAACACGGCUUAGGCCGUGCGAACACCCCAUACUGCCGGAUCUUAGAGGGAAAACUAGUCUGGAGGAGGAGAAGGUGGAAUUGGUUAAACUGCAACAGGAAUAUUAUAGAGAUGAGAAUGCCAGAGCUGCUGAGAAACACAAAUAUGAGAUAGAAAAGCAGGUUGUUGAACUGCAAACAAUGCGAUUAAGGAACCAAUUGAUAGAAAUUGAAAUUGAGGCUAAACGCGAAGAGCUGGCGAAGAAAAAGAAAAUUUCUUAACCCUGGGAACAUAAUUUGUGUUCUAAGUUAACUAUAAUAUUUUAAUAAUAAUUAUUUAGUUUAUCGCAAGAAAGGGAAUUUAAAAAGACUUCCUUUUGUUAAGCUAAGCUAACCGUUUUCGAUUACCUUGCGAGCCAACCAUUAAAUCUGUAGAUCCUAAGAUUGUUCUGUAAAAUGACUGAUAGGUUUG